AUGGCUAGUAAUUUAGAAAAGAAUAAAGUUACACGACACAGUCAGAUGGGUAUUUUUGAUGUUGGUUUAAAACAGGAUUUGAUAAAUAGAUUGAUCAGUGAAUGUAAGGAUAAAAAGAAGUUAUUUAAUGAAUUGUUUGAAAAAGAAAAAAUUAUAAAUUUGAAUAAUGAUAUGGGUGACACAGUCUUCUUUUUAUAUGCGAUUGUAAAUAUUUAG